AAGCACACAGCUUCUUCAGCCAACACAAUGAGAUGGAGAUGACUAAAGUUGUUUACAGAAAUGUUCAAACUUUUAAACAAGGUUCCCCUGCUGGCAGCGAUGAUGAAGAAGCAUACACCAGUUUGGUGUUUAAAAGAACAGAUCACUUUAUCCUUGCUCAGGAUGGCCAAAUCCAACACUUUGGUCUCUACAAACUAGCGUUGGUGUUUCUGGGACUUCUGUGUGCUUUCCUCCUUGUCGUCAUCACAGGACUCGGCAUCAUGAUCACUGAAGGGGGACAACAGUUACAGGACUGUUACAUCAGCCAAGCAGAAAUCAAUGCAACUGCUCAAGAAAGGGACGAAUUAUAUAAAAGUUUUCUGAACUUAGUUAAAGAGAAAUCACAAGUUCAGAUCAGUUAUAAUCAACUACGUGAAGAGAAGUCCCAGGUAGAGGCCGCAUGCAGUACUACAGCAGAAGAAAGAGAUGAGCUACGCACACAAUUAAUUAAACUGGAGUCGAUGAAGAACAUAAAACGCUAUAUAGUGAGGGUCACCCUGGAUCCUGACACAGCGCACCCCAACCUCAUCCUCUCUGCUGAUGGAGAACAAGUCAGACUUGGAGAUAAACAACAGUAUGUCAGUCACAACCCAAAGAGAUUCAAUGCUGUGCCAUGCAUCCUUGGAAAAGAGGGUUUCUCCUCUGGGCGGUUUUAUUAUGAGGUUCAAGUCAGUCAGAAGAUGUGUUGGGACAUAGGAGUGGCAAGACAAUCCAUUAACAGAAAGGGCAAUAUUAAUUACAGCACCAAAAAUGGAUUUUGGAUAAUAAUGAUGAGAGGGAGUGAAUAUUUUGCACCAGAAAUCUCUGCUGUUCCCCUCUAUCUGAGGAACAAGCCCCAGAAGUUGGGGGUGUUUGUGGAUUAUGAGGCAGGUCUGGUCUCCUUUUAUGAUGCAGACAAUUGGUAUCAUAUCUACACCUUUACUAGUGCUGCCUUCACUGAGAAGCUUUACCCAUUUUUAGGCACUUGUGCUAUUGUAAACCAAAUUCCUCUCACCAUAUCCUCUCCUGUUAAAGGUUACUGUUGAUCUUAUUGUUGUUGGCCAGAAUGAUUUACAUUUAUAAUGCUCAUUAUCUGUCGAGGUCUUGUUCUGUUCUGUCCUGUUCUUAGCUCUUGUGUUUGGUCUUGUGGUCUUAGUUUGUAGUGGUUUGUCAUGUGUUCCCUUGUUUACUUCCUGUGAUCCUGGUUUCCAUGAUCCAAGGGUGUACAUCAAUUCUCUAUUUGUCCAUCCUCUGUUCCUUCCUCCUUCUUGUCUUAACUUAACUCCUCCUUCUAAUCAAUUUUGAGAAGGAAACGAGGAAGGAAUGUAAGGAGGAUGGAGGAUGCAGGAAUCAAGGAAGGAGAGACAGGCAGGAAUAAUAUCAGUGAUUCUGUUGUUUUUCUGACUGCCAACGUUCAUGUGUUUUGCCGUUGGCAUGUGUGAAAACAUGGAUGCGACAAAAAAAGGUUGAUAAAGGUUCAAACA